AUGAGCGUAAAAACAGGGGCGACCUCUCGCGAAGAGACAAAAACGGUUUCGAGAGAUGACUUUGAGAAGGAGGAAAGCGGGGUCUCCGAAAACGAAGAAGAAGAAAAACUGAACCUUUUGGAAGCUUACGUCCACGAAACGCGAGAAACCUCGCAUGCGCUGAAGAAAUGGUGCGAUAGGACGACGUUGGAGCGGUUUCUCAGAGCGGAUAAAGGAAACGUGGAGAAAGCAAAAGCUCGAUUGAAGUCGACGUUGAUUUGGAGAAGAGACGAGAUGAAUUCAUUUUGUCGGUGCUGUUUCGAAAAGGACUCGAGAAGCCAUUACAUGCAUAUCGUCGGCCGGACGAAGAACAGAAGACCGGUUGUAUUUUCGGACAUCGGGCUCGCGAGGAACUUGAAGCCGAAAGAUAACGAAGCGCACGCGACGUUUUGCAUGGAACAGGUUGAAAAAUGUCUACCGAAGUAUCCGAACGACACGUACGUGUGGGUGUCGGAUUUUCAUAAAUUUGGUCGGCAACAUUUGAACCCGUCGGUGGCGAAGAAAGUGUUGGGUUUGUUCGCGAGGCAUUAUCCCGAACGCAUGGGCUCGAUGGUGUUCGUAGAAGCGCCGAGGAUUUUUAAUAUUUUGUAUAAGAUUUGCGAAAAGUUUGUCGACGCGACGACCAUGGCCAAGUUAAGAUUCGUGAGAGGACCGACCGGGUUAGGCGCCGGGAAGGAGUUUCAAUCUUUAUUAGAAGACGGAUACUGCGAUCAGGAAACGUACGAGUGGAUCAAACGAGAGAUGCUGGAAAAUCGUUUGCACUGGGAUAAAGCAAGCGAAGAAAAGUCGUGGACCAAAUCACACGCGAGGAACGACGGGAAGUAUUACUAUACGAAUCUCGAACACGACAUGCGAGGAUCGAACGCGUUCAUUCGAGAACCAAUUUGUGUGGACAUGCACGCGUUUUGUAAGAGGCACGUGAAUAUGACGACGUGUUUACCUAUCGAGGAUACUAGAAGAAUACCGUCAGGAUUGGUAGUAGCAGAAGAAAAAGAAGAAGAGGAGUACGUAUUGAGCAAAAUCAUCGAGAGAGGCGACUCGGUAUCGUCGCUGGCAUCGCCGAACGUUGCGCUCGGCAAGAUGAAGAUAAUCGACGGCGAAGAGAAAGAGAUUGAAGAAAACGAAGAAUUUCACGACUGCAGAGAAAAGUUUAAAAAGAAGAACGUCGUGAAAACAGUCAUCAAGAAGCUUUCUCCGUCGAAGAAUAGCCGAAGAAGUACUCGGAUCGCGGCAAUAAAUGGAAACGUGUCUUAG